AUGUCUCGAACACGCCAGCCGACGUCAAAUCCAUUCCAAACCACCACAGAGACCGCACAAGACUCCUUAACAACCCACAUCCCAGCUACCCUCAGAUUACGAGCAGAGGAAACACCAACUGACACCAGCGAAGAAACAUCGUCUUCUCGGCGAAUCAGAUGGAGCGAAGAUGUUGUAGACAAUGAGGGCAUGGGCAGAAAGAGCUCAAAAGUAUGCUGCAUCUACCACAAAGCCCGACCAGUAGGAGAAAGUAGCUCAGAAGAGUCCUCAUCUAGCUCAUCGGAGAGUGACAGCGAGAGCGAAGACGAUUCUCGCUCUGCCAGAGUCAAUCGGGCUCGCCGCACACACUCACACAAUGGAGCGCACGGCGAUCACACAUCCCACCAUGAUGAGGGGUGUCGCCCGAGGGAUCACAGAUCUAAGCCGAAAAGCAAGCGCAGGAAGCCGAGUCCGAAUGCGUACGAGAAGAUGCCUAAGCCGUCAAAGAAUCAAAACCAAAACCAUGCGCGGGGCACUUGA